CUCUUACUUGGACAAUUACUUCCCGGUUUCUUUUAUACCUACAUACAUCAGGUCUUUAAAGAACAUCUCUUACAUCAACUGACUUCUCUUCACUAACUCGCUUUGAGUCGCCAUCCUUCUUCAUUCUCCUUCUUCCAGCAGGCCCUGUGGGCUGCUGUGCAAACCGAAUAAUCUCAGAAUGUCAGAACCCACCCUCCCAAGAGUUAUCAACUUCACGCCGGUAGUGAGAGACCAUCUAUACUGGUAUAACUCAUUUCUUCUAGCCCCCGAGAAUUUGCUCAGGCUUGAUAGACAUGCCUUCCGUCGGUAUAGAGAAUCACAACACACAGUAAAUGACUAUCAGAUUUUCAAUACGGAAAUGGCAUGCUACAUCAAUGUGAGGCGAGAAUAUGAGCAGGAGUCGCAGACCAUCGCUUGUACGGACGCGACAAGGCUGAGAUUUAGCAUCCGUGGAGGCGCCGAAUUGCCACACUUCUGCUUGGAACUACAACUCACAGAUUCCAAUCCGGAAAACAAGCAGAGAUCGCUCACUAUCAUCUGGACCGCCUUCGGGAACAAGGGCUUUGACGUAGACCGUCCCGUUAACAGACCAAAUCAGAAUCCUCUGCAAGGUAGCAUCAUUACUUUCUCAAGCAGACUGCAAGGGGUACAGUUUUCAUGGACCACUCUCUCCACAGGUGAAGCAGCCAGGUGCCGCGGAACACCCAAUGCCGACAACUAUACCAUAACCUGGGGGCACAGUGAGGCACCGUAUGGCAUGGGAUUCGACUUGUCUGACAAUGCUCUGGCAGCUCUCUCUGACCAAAGCCAAGCUGUGCGCAUCUUCCGUCAGCUUCUGUCGAGUGAUAUGCGAGUCAGAGUGAUUACCCGGGCACGCGGAAAUUUACUAGAGAAUUGGAGAUUCUUGGCAGCGAUGCCCAUGCCAACAUUAGGACCAUUUCCCCUCUAUGACUGCAGAUACGUCUCAGGGGGGUCUUGGUGCAGGAUCGACUCUUUGCCAAAGAUCUCUGAUAAGGCACUUAGCGAUCAUAUCGGAGUUCGUCAACGUGGCUGGAUGAACAACCCCCCAUCUUUUGUCACUCCCCGUGCGCUCGGAAGCUUGUUUCCCGCCAUUUAUAUUUUCUUAAACGAACGCCACUAUGAAGUUAUCAAAACCGUCGGGCUGUUGAGAGAGGCCGAAUAUCAGCGCACAACCUACUGCAAUAAUUUCAAUGGAAGCUACACAUUUACUUUGUACCCAACGUCUUCCGUUCACGGAGCGCACACCGAGGGUCUAGAUAAGUAUUUCUAUGCCAUAUUGGAUGUCUCAACAGUGAGGCUCCCAUCGGACGCUUUCGUCGAAAAUGAAUCAGCCCUGCCUGAGCCUGGUACCCGAGUGACUGUGAGCCAACAAGCUAGCAAUGGGAGUUCGAAAGAAACAUGGCUGGGUACGGUUAUUAAGCCCCCGAGCUUUCCUUCGAGUAUUAGAAUGCCAUCAAGCCUCGUCGCUGUUCGCUUGAAGAGAUCUGAUCAGACUUCGACAGGUGGUCACGUCCUAGAAGUGUCUGGUCUCGUGAAAUUCGGUAAUGAGCAGUCCGCAAUCAGACAAGCAAGACAAGCCAUCAGGUACGUCCUCUAUGGUGAUCAGAACCUGAAAAUCCCAAAAAAUAAUCGGCUACGGGAGUUACUUCUGGCUCACAACAACCGGACGAUAAAAGACGAAUUGCCUGUGCCGCCCUCUACAGCUGCUCAAAUUUAUCUCAAUUCGAUCCGUACAACCCUCAAUGACCAACAGAUAGCAGCCGUUCAAGAAGGAAUAACUGCUUCUACCUGCUAUAAAAACUAUGUCACUCUAAUCACCGGCCCUCCCGGUACCGGAAAGACCAGUGUAUCUGCACACAUCGCGGCAUAUCACCGAAAGAUGAGAACUCCACUUUUGAUUGUUUGCGGAUCGAAUUACGGUCUAGAUGAGAUCACCAGAAAAAUGCUCAAGCUAUUUAAGAGAGAUAGCUUGGGAACCGAGGGAAUAUUUCGUCUAGACACUGAGCUUGGGGAAGAUGUUGACAAUCAGAUGGCGCCCGAAAUGGCCCAUCCGACAACGGAGACCCAGAGGAAUUUUGAUUCUACAAAACAAAGCUUGCGGGAUGCCGGCAUAGAUCCGAAGUUCUUGGAGGUCCUACGCUUCAGCGUGGAGUCAACGACUGCUGAAAGCGACAAGAUGCUUACGAAGGAGGUCUCAUUGGGGCAGCAUAUUCUUCGUCGAGUGGAGCUGGCCGUCAAGUUGAAAUCCGAAUGGCCUCAAGAAACAGAGAAAGAAAAAUCAGAGAUGGCUCUCCUCUGGAACUUGUUGACUUACCAGAUCUCUUUGGCACGUCGUGGAUUAUUAUUCGUUGAAUCAACAAAUGCGGAACUAACAUUACGUGGCCCAUCGGAGCUCUUUGAGGAUCCGGAGAGUCCUGAAGAUGUGUUGAAAACUCUCGUGACCUCCUACAAGAGAGCAUGGCUCGAACUACAGCAGUUUUACUUAGAGCAGGCUAAUAUCGUUCUCUGUACGGCUUCAACGGCCGGACGAAAAGCUCUAAGACGAUUCUGCCCAAGGAUAGUCACAGUUGAGGAGGCAACACAGAUAACCGAGAGCACCGUCAUAAGCCCGCUUAUUCGUUUCUAUCCGUCUAUCCGAAAAGUCAUUAUGAGCGGAGACAUAGCCCAGCUCCCCCCAACCGUCACAUCAGUAUCCCAAAACGAGGCUUACAACUUCGAGCGUCUUUCUCUUUUUGAGCGACUUCAUACCACUGGAGUCCGUCACAUCCUCCUGGCCAGACAGUACCGAAUGCACCCAUUGAUUGCAAGGUUCGUGAGUGAAAGUUUUUAUGGGGGAAACCUCAUCACCGAUGACUCUACUUCACGUCAGACGCCGAGAUGGGAGCGUUUCGUGACGGAUAGGUACGAUGUCGCCCCUGGAAGAUCACAUUUCAUUUCUGUCAAAGACUCCGAGGUUUGGAGGCUCCGGAAUGGAACGUCUCUGUUCAAUCCCAAAUACAUUUCGGCAGUAACAAAAUUCGUGAGAGAUUUGUGCGCAGCUGACUGCCCGCCUGAGAAUAUUCUGGUGCUGUCCUAUUAUGCACAAGAACGAAAUCUGUUGAAGAGACUUCUCCACGAUAAAUUUCUGCUCAGUGGCGUUGAUAUCAUGAGCGUAGAUGCUGCGCAGGGGCGUGAAAAGUCCAUUGUGAUAGUUUCGACAACUCGCCCAGGACGUGGAAACAAGCUCGGUCAUGUUUCAGACGCAAAUCGGAUGUGUGUGGCCCUUAGUCGAGCGCAAGGCGGGCUGAUUGUGAUCGGAGAUGAAGGCAUGGGGGGCAGCGCCAACUCUCGGGGGUUCCAACUCUGGAGGAAUUUUAUCAACCUCCACAAGAAGGAGAAGCGAGUGAUCUACAUGGACAGUUCCGAAGACUUUCUUUGGGAGACUCUAAGUGUCCCCAAUAUUGAGGGCUGUGAAAGACUGCAGUGA